CACUCACUCACUCACUCGCACAACAGAAAGUUUGGAGGCCAGGCGAGCGGUGGGAUACCGACGGAUAGGAAGUGACGGGACUGCGCAAAUUGCAGGGGGAGAAAGAGAGAGGCGAAAAAGAAGACGUGAACAAUCAACACAAAGCCGAAUGAGAAGCAACGUGCGAUCAUCGGACUGCUGGCUGUAGUUGGAGAGGGAAACUGAAAGGCGCAUGAUCUUAUCAACGCCGCCGGAACCAGAGACUUUCAAUGGACGUGAACGGGGCGCAAUGAAAAGCAGGGAUUUUAGUAAGGUGACUGUCGUCUGAUUUCCAUGAUCGUGUUUGUAAUUCUUCUGAAAAGCGCUGGCACACAGUGGGGGACCAUACGGGACUGCUGUAACUUGAAGGAAGGAAUAUGAAGGCAUACAGCCUACUUUACGAACAAAUCCAAGAAAGCAGUUGGGGGAUAUGAGCGCAGAUCUUUGGAUCUCGCCUCGAUUCUUUCCUCUGUCGGGUUCGGUUUUGCGUCUUCGGGGAUGUAUGCGAGUUGCAUCUCUGCGGCUUCAGUGCGGAUACUGACCCGUCUGUGCGCCCUGGUGCUGGUCGUCGCUGUGGGACUCGGCUCAGAGCUGCGGGUCAGGGUCCGGCUGACUGACGGACUGGUGACCGAGGAGGUGUUGGAGGCGGACAGUGAGAGAAACACGAUAUCUCUCGAAUUCAAGCAGGGAGAUGGGACACUCAUCACUUUUGUGGCGGACUUCAAACAGGAAGUGAAGAUAUUCCGAGCGCUGAUCCUGGGCGAGCUGGAAAGAGGACAGAACCAGUACCAGGCCCUGUGCUUCAUCUCUCGCCUUAACCGCAAUGAGAUCAUCCCUAGCGAGUCAAUGGCCCGUCUCAGGCAGAAAAAUCCUCAGGCCAUUCGCUUGGCAGAAGAGCGGAAAGGACUAGAGCAGCUGACGAUGAGCGUGGCAGUCAAUCUAAGUCGGGCCUGGCAACUGAGCCCCAACAUCCACAACAUGUGCAGCGAGGCCCAGGAGGCCAUCUACACCAGGGAAGCCGAUGUCAAACACUGGCUGGACAAAGGAGUGGAUGGCUCCAUAUUCGAGGUGCUUCCCCAAACAACAGAGGCUCCCAGCUUUCAGGCCUGCCACUCUACUAAAGACAUGUGGCAUCCCUGUCUCUGCACAUACAGCCUGCGUCUGGAGUGGUACCCAUGUCUGCUGAAGUACUGCCGCAGCCGGGACAGCACAGGCAAAAGCUCUAACUACAAGUGUGGCAUAAAGAGCUGCAGCAAGGGUUACCAUUUCACCUACUAUGUUCCUCAAAAACAACUGUGUCUAUGGGACGAGGAGACCUAGCAUUUUGUUCUGGAUGGUUAAGAAAAGAGAAAUACAUUUUUCCCAGCCAAGCCAGUGUUUCUCCACCCAUGCUAUUCAAAGUGAACACAGUUAACACUGGACCUCAGUUUAUAUGACGGUCAGUGAAACUGGCUCAGGUGGGGAGUGGUCAGAUCCAGAUGUUCAAGCCGAAGCAGAAAUGAAUUCAGGUUCCAAAUGAGACCAAAACCUUUAAAUGAGGAGAGAUGCAGCGCGUUUUUCUAGGAGGACCCACUAAUUCUAAGCCUUUUCGGGGAAAAUGAUUUAUUGUUGUCAGCUAUAAUGUAACUUUGCCAAGAAGCUGUCACUUUUGUGCCUUUUUUUUGGAGGAAUUAUUGGAGCAGAUGACAGACGCCAACAACAAUAACCUCUCAAACAAGCUAUGGUAUGCACAAAGCUUGGACAGUGCAUUUCUGGUCAAUUAAACACCAGCAGAGGAAGAACAGAGUCCAGCUCUGACCAGAGGAAUCAUACAAACAUAAUCCUCCAUUCUGGUGAAGGAAAAUUUGGACAGUGGAUUUAUCUCUCUAAUAAAGCUCUGUGACAAACAGAUAAAUGCCUGUUUCAAACAAUGUAAGCUGGCCGACAAAGAAAAUGCUUCUCUAUUGCUGGCUUUAUUUAUUUCGGUUGCAAAAUGAAAUUAAGGAGGACUAUUUUUGUAUCUUUUUGUUAAAAAUAACCUCAUCAGUUUUUCUUUACAUUUUGCGUUAAAGAAGCUCUUAAAAUUCAGACAUCUAAACCGUAGGUCCUCUGUAACAAGAAGUAUUUAAAGACGUCAGUACAUUAAACUCUUGGAUUUGGAUGUCCUUUGUAGGCUCAUCCAUAUGCCACAGUCCUUUAAUGCCAAGUUUCAUGGUUAUAAAGAGAAUGCAGCUAAGCAGGUGUAUUAUCUUUUAUAAUAGGACAGUUUUAGUCCUGCUUGCCCAUCAGUACUCAUAUUCCUCACAUCCACCAAUUACAUUCUCAUUUAAAUGUGUCAGAUAAACCAAAGUCAAAGGAAAUGCUGUUGAAAGAAGGGUGUAAUGUUUCAGUUUCUAGAAGCGGUAUGGCGUUUUUUUUCCCCCAUGUUUCACUGAAACGGCAGUAUGGCCUUUUAAAAAUUAUCUAUAUUGCCCUCUUCUGGUUAAAUAGCGUUCCAGUUUCUUGUGUUUUCAGUCAAUGCCGGAAUUGUGAUUUUUGGUCUCUGGUUAUGUGUGUUCAGUAAUUAAAUGUUUAUAAUUUAUGCAUCUUAUAUGCAUCCCUGAUGAUUUUUCAUACAUAAUUCAAGGAUCACUUCUUGAAUUUGUGGGACCAAAUUUUAUUUUUUCUGUCUGUUCUUUAAAGAGAUAGAUUGAAAUAUGAUUUUGGUUUGUCUUACCUUCCAUCUUAAUUUCAAUCUUUACUGCCUUAUCAAGUGUUCAUUUCCUGUGUUGAUAUGUCCGGAUAACUAAAGAACCAAAUGAGUGAAACAUUUCUAUUUGUGGCCUUUUUUGGUGAUCAAGUGCCUUAACAUUUCCACUGAUAUAUUUGCUAUGUAAUUGUAGAUUAAGUUUGUAAACAUAUUUUUUUCUAUGAAAGAGUUCUGAGUAUGUUUUUAAAAAGUUGCCAUAAGAGGAAAAUGAAGCAAUUAGAUAAGGUACCAUUUAAGACUUGUGUUUUCAAUGAAUUGUUUCAAUAAAGUAUUUCUUUGCACUGCA